AUGUCUGUCGACACUGAUGUUCUUAUUAUCGGCGCAGGCCUGUCUGGAAUCGGAUUUGCCGUGCGACUCCAGCAGGAGUUCCCGCGGGUGACUUAUGAAAUAUACGAGCGAGCCGAGGACCUGGGAGGGACAUGGCUGAUGAACACAUAUCCUGGGUGUGCCUGUGAUAUCCCGUCGCAUCUUUAUUCCUACUCCUUCGCCCUGAACCCGGAAUGGAGUAUGCAGUUUGCGCCCCAGCCCGAGAUCCAAGCCUACUUCCGCGCUGUCGCAAACAAGUUUGACAUCCCCCGCCAUAUAACGUUUCGCUCGACCGUUCGGAACGCGGUUUUUGAUGAGUCCUCUGGGACAUGGCUUGUGGAGAUCCUUGACCAGGAGACAGGCCGUGUGUAUGAGAAGCGCUCGAGGGUUCUAAUCUCCGCGGUUGGGAUCCUUUCGGAACCGAAUGAUUGCGAGAUUCCCGGUGCAGAGGCGUACCAAGGCAGGCUUUUCCACUGUGCGAGGUGGGACCAUUCGUUUACAUGGGCAGGGAAAGAUGUAGUGGUAGUUGGCAAUGGCUGCAGCGCGACACAAUUCGUUCCCGUGCUGAGCGAUGGCGAGGGAAAAGCUAAUAAAGUUGUUCAGUUUAUCCGCCAGCCUCACUGGAUUGAGGAACGCCCUAACCCGACUUAUCCUGCAGCCUUCAAAUGGGUCCUGCGCCAUGUGCCCCUUGCGAUGCGCUUCCUGCGGUUGUGCAUUUUCGCCGUCGCCGAGAGCUAUUUCCCCACAAUGAACCGGAUUGCCGGGAAGAAGCUUCGAGAGAAGAAAAUGAGAGAGCAAACAGAGUAUAUUAAGCGCAUCGCGCCCGAAAGGUACCAUGACGUGCUGGUCCCCAAGGCGGAGCUGGGAUGCAAGCGCAGAGUCAUGGACACAGACUAUCUUGCCUGUCUCCACCGGGAGAAUAUGGAGCUCGUCUAUGCGGAUCCCAUCGAGGCCAUUACGUCGACGGGGGUCAAGACGAAAUCGGGACGAGAGAUCCACGCCGAUGCCGUGAUCCUCGCGACGGGCUUUAAAGCGCAAGAUCUAUGUCCUGUGGAGAUCCGAGGCGAGAGGGGGAUGAGUCUGAAUGAGCAUUGGGCAACCUGCCCCUCCAAAUCCCCCCAAGCAUACUACGGUGCCUGCGUCUCCGGCUUCCCUAAUUUCUUCCUGCUCAUGGGCCCCAACACCGUCACCGGCCACAACUCGGCAAUCUACACAGCCGAAUGCCAAAUCAACUUUAUUCUCAAACUCCUCCACCCCAUUCUCACCCCGCUACUCUCUCCUUCCUCUUCCUUUUCUUUUUCCUCGUUAUUGUCCUGGUCCUGGAACCCAUUCCGCCGCCGCCGCCGCCGCCGCCGAGCCCCCGACACCGUCGUCGUCACGGCCGACGCCGAGCAAAACGAAAGCAAAUGGAUCGACCGGGCAAGUAGCAACUUCGUCUGGACGAGCGGGUGCGCAACUUGGUAUCUUCGGCCCGCGACGGGGCGCAACACAAUCAUGUAUCCGGACUCGCAGGUGAAGUUUUGGCUGAGGAGUGUGUUUGGGCCUGUUUGGAGGGAUUUUGUUUUUCGGUCUGCUUCGACAAGACUGCGUGGUGGUGGUGGAUUCCAAGAAAAUUAG